AUGGAUUGGGAGGUGAACGCCACCAAAACACGAUUGCCUGUUGAUAGCGGCCCAGUCGCUUGGAUGCUCCUCCUCGCCAGACAAGUACCGGUACCAGAAGCCAGAUUCUUUGUUGCGAAAAAUGUACGCUUUCAUUUCGCCCAAUAUCUCAAGGUGAACCUGGCCUGGGAAAGGUAUGCAUCAUCAACAACAUUACGCCUUGCUAGCCCAACCAACCGCAAGGUCAAAACGCCAGACCCGGGGGGCAAAAAGGUGGACUUAUUCGGACGUAUUGGUUGUCGAAUACACGCCUCCCUUACCUUGUCUGGCACGAGCGUCAACAAAGUUGGGCUGGUGGCUAACAUGGGACCAUCUUCUGCCACUCUGUCGCUUUCAAGCGAAUCUCAGGGCGUGCAGACGGCGGAAGCUAUCCUCGAGCGCUGCCAUCAUCUUCCCCGACACUGCGAGUUACGCGAUACGGCUCCACGAGGCCCGGCCCGCCUCUCAAAAUGGUGCUUUUCGUCCCACUUGGGAUGCCUCACCACGGCACAGACUAAUGUUGCCGCAACGAGCUAUUCGAAAAACUUGUCGGCUGAGAUUUUUCUUCCGUCUCUCUUCAAGAGCGGCGAACUACUGGCACUAUUUGCUUGCUGCCUGGGCCUCGCACCGCCAAGUGAGACCGAGCAAAGUCGCGGAAAGAGCGACAAUAAAACCGUUCCUGGUAAUGAUCAUAGAUCCAUGUCGUUGUCGGGAAAUGGACGAGCGCAAUGGGGCAUGGCGCUUGGAUCAGGCUCAAGCAGUCCGUGGAAGAAAAUGAAGUUCGGAUAUGGUUUGGGAGAGCUGCAAUUACAAAUCGCAGGCUUGAGAUGGCCUUGGGUUUGCGUCGUCAAAGUCGACCACUGGGGCCGAGGGAGGCAGACGUCAUCACCCGUCUUGUAUGGAAUAUCAAAGUUCGAGUUGUCAGGCGGUUUGAGUUAA